GCUCGUGCUCGUGCGCCUCGCCUAUGCAGCCUGUGUUGCAGGUGAGGAACGAAAAGCGCGCGCAUGCAGAUGGCUGCACUUGCAUUACCCAGGACUGACAACUUUCUGCAAACCUUCCUACAGGACCGCACCCCCAGCUCUUCCCCAGACGGAGGCCCCCACUGCUUGUCCUUCCUGCCCUCCACGUGCAGCCAGUCCUGGCCACUCAGCUGCAGUCCUGGAGCAGAGGGGCCCUGGUUCCCCUGCGAGGUGGCAGUAGGCUCCACAUCCAGCAUGUUUCAGCUCUGGAGUAACGAAAUAGCAUCUGGCUCCAGCCUUGGUGCCCACCAGAUGCCCUUUCCAGUACCUAAGGUUCAGUUCCCUGGACAUGUGCAGUCUGCCCUGGGCUCCUACUCCCACCAUCACCAUCAUCACCAUGAGCUGCCUCUUACCCCCCCUGCUGAGCCCUCCACUGCAUACUCCAUUGAUCUCUCCCCUGUCAAGGUCAUUUCUUCCACCCAGGGGCAAGGCAGUAGCUCCUGCUACACUCAGACCAAUAGCAUGGGCCAGAACUUCCCCAGCUUCCUGCAGAACUACUCUGCCAGGCACCAUCAUUCUGGAGGACCUGUGGAUGAGGGGCAGCAGUGGUGGAGCCUUCCACAAAGUAACACGUCUCCCCCAAGCCAUGCUUUCUCCCUGGGAGGGCAGCUCAUGCUGGGUCACCAGCCUCAGAUGACCACCUUCCUUCAGGGCAGCUCCAAGGCGCUAUUGGGUUCCACCCGUCGCUGUCGACGCUGCAAGUGCCCCAACUGCCAGACCUCAGCCAGUGGCCUGGAGCAGGGCAAGAAGAAGAUCCAUGUCUGCCAUGUUCCCGAGUGUGGCAAAGUCUACAAGAAGACGUCACACCUGAAGGCACACCUACGAUGGCAUGCCGGGGAACGGCCCUUCAUCUGUAACUGGCUCUUCUGCGGUAAGAACUUCACUCGGUCAGACGAGCUGCAGCGCCACCUACGGACGCACACCGGGGAGAAGCGCUUCAGCUGCUCACAGUGCGGAAAGCGCUUCAUGAGGAGCGAUCACCUGGCCAAGCAUGUCAAAACACACCAGGAUAGGAGGGGCAGGGUAAAUCAGCCCACCAUGGAACCACAGGGGGGUGCUGGGGUUCUGCUCAAUGCCAUCAAAAAAGAGUAAGAGAACCAGAAGCCAAGAACCGGAAGCUGUGAACUGGCCGCAUACUGCAGGCCAUGUACGCCGUCUUUAUAUAGGUCGAUAUAUUUAUCUGCAUCAUAUAUUUUCUCUAUCUGCGAGUCACAUAACUCCUCCGAUCCUCUAAUUGGUUAACGAUGGUUAACCAAUGGUUUUUAAUUUAAUUAUCUUUCACAAAAUAAUGGUACACCCUGCAUAUUUCGGCCAUAAUCCAUGAUAAUUUAAAUAGAAUUGAAAUGCAAGAAUAAUAUUUCAUCACAGUUUAAAUUAGUACUAUGUAUGCAUACUUUAAAGAAAAAUGUUUGUGUAUUUAUUAGAAACAAAUGUUUGUAAAUAACCAUUGGGUGUAAAACACUAUUAUGUUGAUGCAUCUAAAAUUCUUACAGUUAAAUGAUUUGUAUUUUAUGCAAUUUCCUGUCAUUGUCA